UUCCUAGGAUUUUGAUUUCAAAAAACCUUUUUUAAAGAAAAAAAAAAAACAAAAACAAUUCUUGCUAUUUUAAAGAUUAAAUGAAACUUUAUUAUGAAAUAAAUUAUGUUUACCAGAACUCCGAUCACGAAGAAGAAGCUGAAAAAGCUCAUCUAUAAUUAACUGAUCAAAGACUUUUUCUUCUUUGGGGUUAAAUAUCCAAAGGGCAUACCUCAAAGACAAAACAACAAAUCAAAUAAUAGCACGCGCUGCUUCAUUUCUUUACUGAAAAAAAAAAAAAACUCAAUAUAGCAAGUUUGCUACCCAAAACUUCCCAACAGUGGGGGAAAAAAAUACAUCUACCAUUAGGAAAACAUGCAAAAUUUUGCAGGUCAUAGUUCUUGCCUAAACAAAUUAUUCUACCUUGUUAUCUUCCUUAUUCUCUUCAAUGCAUCCACCACUAAUCAAAUAUCUAAUUAUAGUUAUGAUCGUUUCGGUGGCCCUGAAAUUGAAAAGAGUAACAGCAGAAAGCUGUUAUCCUACAAUGGUGAUAUUCUUGCCAUCAAUCCAUCACUUACUUUUGAGAAUUUUAGGCUAAAGAAUGCUUACAUUGCAUUACAAGCUUGGAAAGAAGUCAUUCUCUCUGAUCCUCACAAUAUAACCGCGAAUUGGGAAGGAUCUAAUGUGUGCAACUACACUGGAGUUUUCUGUUGGCCUUCUCUUGAUGAGCCAAAUGAGCUUACAGUUGCUGGUAUCGAUAUCAACCAUGGCGAUAUAGCUGGUAAACUUCCACAUGAAUUAGGUUUACUAUUUGACAUUGCAUUGAUUCAUAUAAACUCUAAUAGGUUCUGUGGUACAAUCCCUGAGAGUUUCUUGAAUUUAAAGCUUCUUUUUGAGUUAGAUCUUAGUAAUAAUCGGUUCGUUGGCAAGUUCCCCGAUGUGGUUGUCCAAUUGCCUAACUUGAAGUUUCUUGAUCUGAGAUUCAAUGAGUUUGAAGGUGGACUAUCAAGGCAAAUUUUUGAAAGGAGUUUUGAUGCUCUAUUCAUUAACAACAACAGGUUUUCUUCUGAGUUGCCUGAUAAUUUCGGAAAUUCGCCUGUUUCUGUCAUGGUUUUGGCAAACAACAACUUUGAGGGAUGUAUACCUGUUAGUUUAGGCAAAAUGACAAAAUUGAAUGAACUGCUUCUUAUAAAUAACAAUUUUCAUUCAUGUUUGCCAAAUGAGAUUGGGAUGCUGAAGAAUUUGACUGUGUUGGAUGUGAGUUAUAAUCAAAUUGUGGGAACUUUACCUGAGAGCAUUGGAGAGAUGGAGAGCUUGGAGCAGUUGAAUUUGGGUCAUAAUAUGAUGUCUGGAGUGAUUUCUAGCAACAUAUGUACACUUCCAAAUUUGAAGAGAUUUGUGUAUGAUCAUAACUACUUUUCAGAAGAGAGUCCAGUUUGUCUAAGAUUGCCUUCAUUUGCUGAUCAAGAUAAUUGUCUUAGAGGAAGGCCCAUGCAGAGACCUGCAUUGGAUUGCCAGAGAUUUUUGUCUCAAAAAGUUGAUUGUACUACUUUCAAAUGUGCAUUGCCACCUCCAUCACCUACCCCUCCACCAAACACUUGUUGUACUUGUUUGCCUCCACCACCAUCACCAGCACCAACCCCAACAUCCCCUUUACUACCAUCACUGCCAUCACCAUCUCCGCUGCCACCUGUCGAGCCGCCAUCAUCCCCACCACCGCCUCCAACUCAUUGCAAUGCUACUCCAUCGCCGCCACCACCAAGCUGUACGCCACCUCCUACAUUCUCUCCACCACCACCAAGCAUAUCACCGCCGUCCCCAUUGCCGCCUUCUUCACCCACACCGACUCAAAACUCUUCUUCACCUCCGCCACCAAACAUGCCAACACCACUACCUUCUCCUCCACGGUGUGAAAAUCAGACAAUACCAACAAGUCAAGAUACGUCUCCUCCUUCGCCUUGAAGGUCAUUUAUCUGAGGUUACUCUUCUUGGUGUUAUCUUCAUUAUAUCACCUCAUCUUUCUCACACAAUGGAAGUUUAGAUCAUCUUGACAUUACAGGACAUCCGCAGUAUAGUUUUGGUAGAGAACUGUGCAGAAGGAGCUGUGACUGUAACCUCAUAUUUUUGUAGGAUUAGCGUAGAAGAGAUGCAAGAUGAAGGUUGUAAUGUGACAAUUUGCAUUGCUAUUCAAAUUGUCUAACUUCUCUCCAAAUUUUUUACUUAAUAAAAUGUAGAACAUGUUGCAUGAACCGUUAGUAUAAACUAGUUUUUCUCCUGAAACAACAUUGUAGUUGAUCAUGAAAAAGGAGCUUCCUUUGUUCCAAACAGAGAAUUCAAGAUGGUCUGAGAUUACACUGCUCAUUUAUUUUCAAUGCCAGCAUCACUAUUCACUUGGUUUUGCUCUUUCAAAAUCAAUCUCUUCAAUAACGUAAAUUCGCCAUUUCAGUGUUCUGGU